CAAAACAAUGACAUUGUAAUUUCCAUCUCUAGUUGUCAUUAAACCGGCCUGUGGACAAGGACAAGUACAAACCUUAUUGCCUGUCCUCCACUCUCCAUAAAUAGUGCCCUCCUCCAAGUCCAAACACCUCAUUCGGGUUUUUAAGUAUCAUAGAAAUACCCCCACAAGGUACUCCACUACAUUUCAAGCUCUCUACCAUGGCUUCAAGGAUUAUCAGCCUUCUUUUUUCACUAUUAGUAGCUUCAUUUGCCAUUGUCCAAAUAGCAAUUGCAGGGGAUCCAGACAUUGUCUCCGACUUCAUAAUCCCGCCCAACAUGAGUGCUGUGGAUGGUAACUUCUUCACAUUUACUGGCAUACGGGCUCUUGUGGGGGCACCUGAGCCCACAACCUUCAAGGUUACAAAAGCGAGCCUAGCGGAAUUCCCGGCUCUGAAUGGCCAGAGUGUAUCUACUGCUGUGCUUGAGUUCCCACCUGGUUCCGUCAAUCCACCUCACACCCAUCCUCGCUCUGCAGAGCUGCUUUUCCUCCUUGAUGGUUCACUGCAAGUGGGGUUUGUGGACACAACCAACAAGCUCUUCACCCAGACACUUCAAGCAGGGGACAUGUUUGCGUUUCCUAAGGGACUUGUUCAUUUUCAGUACAAUGUCGAUGCAAAGAAUUCUGCUGUUGCCGUCUCCGCUUUUGGCAGUGCAAAUGCAGGAACCGUUUCACUCCCCAACACUGUGUUUGCCACUGGCAUUGAUGACAACAUCUUGGCUAAGUCCUUCAAAACUGAUGUCGCCACCAUUCAAGCUAUCAAGGCUGGUCUUGCACCCAAGCCCUGAGAAUAGAGCUCAUUAACACUAGUUACUUUAACAUUAUCCUCUGUUCUUACGAACUUUUUUUUU